UUCUACCACCGCGAAAACGAUUCGAGAAAGUCCCUGUUUUGUAUUUCUAGUGGCGCGAAAAAUCAGGACAUGGUUAUGUUUAGGCAGUAGACUGUAGUUUUGAGAAAGAAAGUGUUGAGAAUAUGGACCCAACGUCGCAGUUCUUCUCUAAGUUGCGGCGCCUCGCCGUCACUCUGGAGACCGAGACGGAGAGCCUACUGGGCGCCUACAAGACCCGCGAUGAGCACUGUGAUGAUGAGUCUGCGACUGAAAGAGGGAUGGGAGCCUAUCACACUCUUUGCAACGAGUUGGCUGACCUCAAGGGAGAGAUCCGUGUCCGGCUGGAGCAGCAGCUAACCCGGGAGGAGGAGGUGAAGAGAUACUUGGCGGCAUGCGGUGUGAUGCAGCGACGGAUCACUAACGAUAUCAACACGCUGAAGGGACACUAUGAAUCAUACGGCUACAAAGCCCCACCUCAAACACACACGCAGGUAAAAGGUCACCUCCCAGAGUCAGCCGACCUCGGGGUGGAAGAGGGCUCAGCGUCUGUAAAGGAGGAGGAGGAUGGAGCCACGGAGAGGAAGGACCCACACCUUCCCUCCACCCCUCAGUCAACCCAGCCCCCCAGCUUUGACGCUCUGCGCACGCCAAAGCUGGCCGACUUCGGCCUGUCGGAGCUGGCCCUGAAGGGCAUGCUCAGCUUGGCCCACAGGGAGGAUGUAAUGGUUCCUAAAUCUCUGCAAGUGCCAGUGCUGAGUUUCCCACCGCCGCAGUCUUCUCUGGCCAUGCCCCCCGCCCCCACCUUGCUGAUGACGCCCAAGUGUUUGUCGCGCACGGAGAAAGAGGUCCUGCCCACGCCACAGAUGAAGGACUUUGGCAUCUCUGAGCGCACGCUACACCCCGACAGUGACCCCGUGGCCACCGGGGCCCCGCCCCCCGCCACCUACCAGAUGCGCACGCCAAAGCCGUCGGACUUCGGCCUGUCGGAUGCGGACCUUCAGCGCAUCGGGGCUAUGGGGUUUCAUGAGGCCCUGCCUAUGCCGGCACUGAGUUUCACGUCACUGCAGUCGUCUCUCGCCCCGCCCCUCUCCCCCGGCGUGCCGCUGACGCCCAGGCGUGAGCUGCACAUGGAGGAGGAGGAGGAGGAGGAGGAGGAGGAGGAGGAGCUACGCACAAAGAUGAAGGACUUUGGCCUUGUGGAGCACACGCUAUGCCUCAACAACGACUUCACCAUGGACCUCCACCGGAUGGCUAAAAUAUCAUCAAAACAAAAGCAGCCCCAGAUGGUGAACCUCACACUUGAGAUGCCCAAAAUGGAGUCCGUGUUCUGCAACACUCUGAUCCAGAGGAGGGCUUGUGAGUCUGGGGACCCCAGCAGCCUGGAUGUGGACGGCACCACCCAGGAGUUCAACCUGCGGACCCCCCGUGUCAGGCUGGACUACCAGGAUCCCUCCACCCCUGAGAUGCCUGACCUCAGCUUCAUCACCCAGGACAUCUGUAAACUGGUGUCACGCGCUGAUCUAAAGGAGAAGAACACCGCCGUCAUCAUGCCGACCCUCAGAGGGCUGGGGAAAGAAAACGGAGUUGUGUUGCUCGCCCCUGUGGGCGACUCUGAGUUCCGUCUUCUCCCUAACUACCUGAGACAGAUGUCCCUCAGGAGCCUCAACGACUUCCUCCACAAGAUCAACACGGCAGCCGCUGCCAAGCACCGACAAGGCGAAGCGCUGCAGUUCCAGAUUGAGGAACUGAAGAGCUUUACUGGGGUGGGCACCAUGGCCCACCCCAGUGUCAACCUAAACUUGGGUGUAGGUUGUCCAACCUACCUCCUGUGUCUGGAGGAGCUUCACCGGCUAAAGCAUGUACAGAGAGUGGGCAAAAGCUCAGUGUACAAGCUCCUCCCCAAGCAUUGAGACCUCACACCAUAGAAGAAGAGAUUUUCUUACAUUACCCAAAAGUUUGCUUACUUUUUUCAGAAGAAUCACAAACAUUAAAAAAAAUAAAAAAAAAUAAAGAGACCUA